GUGAAGUCCUUACAGCCUUCGUUUUCAUUACAAUGUUAAUGAGUACAUGAUUUUUAUUUAUUUAUUUAUUUGAAAGAAAAUACCUGGAGCUUAUGCAUCAUACAUGAGAGAAAAGAUACCAACAACAGCUUUCUUACGGCAAGAUGAAAAAGUUUGGGAAGUUAAGGUGAAGAAAAUUGGGAAUGAUUUCUUCUUCGCUGAUGGUUGGGGGAAGUUCGUUGAAGAGAGUUGUUUAGAACCAGCAGAUUUUCUGGUCUUUGAGUAUGACGGGAAUCUGCAUUACGAUGUAAAAUUGUUUGGAGAGCAUGGAGUUGAAAAGAAUGUAGCAGGACUAACGCAAGUAUAUGACGAAGAAGAUAGAAGAAGAAGAAAUGGAAGAUGUACAAGAGUCCACAACAGAGAAGCCUCCAGAAGAAGAAGGUAAAACUAACAAGGGCAAACGUAAGGUUGCGAAUGCUGGACCCAGUUAUCAAAAUGAUGAUAUCUUCGAAUCAAGAUCUGUUUCAAGGCCAGAGAAUCCUUAUUUUCUCACCUUUGUUAGGCCAAAGAGAAGGGAUGAAUUGUUUAUGCCGGUUGAUUUCGUUCAAGAUUACAACCUUCGCCUCCCACCUGAGAUAGCGCUUCGCGAUACAUGUGGUCGAGAAUGGAAAUCAAAGCUUAAGGCUUGGAAGGAUGGGAGACUUUGGUACUAUGGAGGAUGGAAAAGGCUCUGCACGAAACACUAUACAUCCAAACUUCGACUUGGUACCACGGUCAAACACCUCAAUUAAUCCUCCUCAAAGACUUCUGGGCGCUACUCUCUCAAAUUCAAUGAAGAAUCAACUUGGAGUUGGAGGAUUCUCUUUAGUGGUGUUCUCAGGAGUUGUCAUUUUCUUCGUCUUCGUUUUCUUCUUCAACGAUCCAAGAGGUGUUAUAUAUGGAAGUCUUCAUUCAAAUGAUGAUGAUGAUGAUUCCGUAACAAGUCUCAAGCACCUUGCAAUCGGGUUACAAGCAUCCGAGAGAACGUACCAUUUCCGAAGGCCAUACACUGAAUCAUGGUGGAGGCCUAAUGAAUUCAGAGGGUACCUUUAUCUUGACAUACCUCCUGAAGGCGAUCUUCUCCCGUGGUCCGAAAAAUCUCCUCCUUACAGGAUCAAUGAUAACAUAAGCGACAUUUUGGCCGAAGUCAAGCCGGGCAACCCAGUUAUGCCCCGAAUGGUCCAUGGGAUUAUGGAACUGUUUCGUGAAGAGGAACAUAAUCCGGACCUGAGGUGGAUACUCAUGGGGGACGAUGAUUCGGUUUUCUUCGUGGAUAACUUGGUCCAAGUACUUUCCAAGUAUGAUCAUACCAAGUAUUAUUACAUGGGGAAUCCGUCCGAAUUCGUGUUGUCGAAUUAUUGGUUCAGUUUUAAUCAGGCUUUUGGUGGAAGCGGGAUUGUUUUGAGUUAUCCAUUGGCAAAAGCACUUGCUAAUGAUAUGGAACGUUGCCUAAGGAAUUAUGGCAAGCUUUCAGCUGAUACGAUGACAAUGUCGUGUAUAGUCGACCUUGGAGUAAAUUUAACUCCCAAUAAAGGCUUUCACCAGAUUGAUUUACAUGGCGAUUUAUCAGGUUUCUUAUCAUCUCACCCCAAAAAUCUAGUGUUAUCAUUGCAUCAUGUUGACACGGUAGAUCCAUACUUCCCCAAUAUGAACCGUGCGGAAUCAUUGAACCAUCUAAUGAAGGCGGCGAAUGUUGAUCAAUCGCGUUUGUUUCAGCAAACCAUAUGUUAUGACAAGGAAAGGAAUUGGUCGUUUUCAACGGCUUGGGGUUACUCGGCACAAAUUUACGAGAAAAUAAUGCCUCGAAGUUGGCUAAUGAUGCCCAUUGCAACGUUUGUAGGAUGGAAUCCUGCCGAAACUCAAGAGCCGCGUUUCAUGUUCAAUGUUCGAAAUCCGCCUAAGGACGAUCCUUGCGAAGUUCCUCAUGUGUUUUUCUUCGAAUCAAUUCAGAAAACAUCAGAUGGUGAGAUUCUUACAACGUAUGCAAGGUCAGCUCCCAGGAACUUAAAUGCUUGUCCGAUGGGCGGGAACCAUUCUGCUGAAUAUAUCUCUAAGAUUGAUGUGCUCUCGCCCGCAGCUAAGCGCUACGAGAUCGAUAGAUCGGAGUGUUGUGAUGUUGUUCGUGUUGACGAUACGGGCAAUGUGAAAGUUAAAUUCAGGGAAUGCAGGAUCAAUGAGGUUAUUGCAUAGGAGUAAUGUUAGCUCAAUGUUUCGAAACAAGUCAUAGGAAAGGAAACAAGUAUAUUAGACUUUUUGGAUAAUAUCUGUGCAAGGAUUUCUCUUUUUCCAACAAAAGAUUACAGCAGAAGAACUCUACGGAGAAUGUAUCACAUGAAUGGUUUUUUUUUUUUUUUUUGUGGAAGGAUUAAUUUUUAUCCAAAAAGAAUUUUUCCAAAAAAUAGAGCCGCGAAUACACAUAUUAAUAAAGUUUUUGUAUUAAGCUCAUGAAUUCAGCGAGGGGGAAUAUACGGGCG